AUGGUGUUUUCGGACUCCGACACCCGGGUCGAGGUUCUAAAAAAUGCCGUGAGCGGACGCCUCAUUCACCAUCCUGAACGCUCCUUUGCCCUCGAAGUCACCCUCGACUUGGUGAAGGGGGCCCAUUUCUUCUGUCACAAACCGCCCAUGCACUUCCACGUUCAAGAAGAAUAUAUCGAAUCUAUUCAAGGCCGUCUGGCGCUGGAAAUUGACGGUCGGGAAGUGGUGCUAACGCCAGGUGAUGGGCCUUACAGCAUCAAGCCGUACAAGGACCAUCGAUCGUACCCUCUUUCACUGGAUCGGCAAGAAUAUGACAAUACAUUGGUCAAGUUCCUGUUAUCGGGUGAGAAGACCGACAGCGUGUUUGAACUGAGUCCGGUUUUCUUUGAAAAUUGGUACCGGUAUCAGGAUGAUGUGGUUGUCAAUGGGGCUAAAAUUGACCUGAUCCAGCUGUUUAGCACAUUUGACGCCUGUGGAACGUACAUCUCCCUCCCGUGGUGGGUUCCUUUUGGGCAGACCGUCUCACGCACUAUGGGCCUCGUCGUGGGACGAUGGGUGGGCGGUUUACUGGGCUAUCAGCCUUUCCAUCGUAGAUGGACCACAGAUUGGGCUUUGGCUUGCCAAAAGAUGGAAACUUCAUUCUUCCAACGGCGAUUUGCCGAUCGCUCGAAAAAGCUGGAUUGA